ACAUGCUUGGAACUAAACCUGUGUGUGGAAUUUUAUGUGACUUGCAGAUACUUGUUUGUAUCAUUCAUUUGUUCUUUAUUUGGCGGGUCACCAGAGCUGUGACCCCGGAACCAGUUGACUGUCAGAUGAGUGAAUGGUCACAAUGGACAGAUUGUUUUCCAUGUCAGGACAAAAAGUACAGACACCGGAGCCUCUCGCAGCCAAGCAAGUUUGGAGGAGCCAUCUGCAGUGGCGCUCUCUGGGAUGAGGCCAGCUGUCACAGCCCCACACCUUGUCUAAGGCAAGCACAGUGUGGACAGGAUUUCCAGUGCAGAGAGACAGGUCGCUGCCUAAAACGCCACCUGGUAUGUAAUGGAGAUAACGACUGCCUCGAUGGCUCUGAUGAGGAUGACUGUGAUGAUGCCAGGAUCUCUGAGGACGAUUGCCAACAGUAUGAACCAAUCCCAGGAUCUGAAAGGGCAGCCUUGGGGUACAAUAUCCUGACUCAACAAGAAGCCCUGAGUGUGUACGAUGCUAAGUAUUAUGGGGGCCAGUGUGAAACUGUGUACAAUGGAGACUGGAGAAAGCUGCAGUACGACCCCACCUGUGAGCGCCUCUACUAUGGGGAUGAUGAGAAAUACUUUCGGAAGCCCUACAACUUCCUUAAGUACCACUUUGAAGCCCUGGCGGAUACUCUAAUCUCCUCAGAGUUUUAUGACGAUGCAAAUGAUCUUUUUUCUAAAAUAAAGAGGGACAAGUCCCAGUCAGAUAGCAUCACCUUUGGCAUAGCCCCAGCCAAGAGUCCUAUCUCCCUAGAGGCGACUGUAUCCUGGUCCGAUGCAUCUUCAUUCCUGAAGGAGUUAAGCAAAUAUAAUGAGAAGAGAUAUGGCUUCAUGAGAGUGUCUACAAAGAUACAGACUGCACAUUUUAAGAUGAGGAGGAACAACAUUGUGCUGGAUGAAGGAAUGCUGCAGUCAUUAAUGGAGCUCCCAGAGCAGUUCAACUAUGGCAUGUACUCCAAGUUCAUCAAUGACUAUGGCACCCACUACAUCACCUCUGGAACCAUGGGUGGCAUAUAUGAAUAUGUUCUGGUGCUUGACAAAGAGAAAAUGGGAGUUUUUGGUAUUACUGUGGAAGAUGUCAACAAAUGCAUUGGAGGUGGCAUUGGCCUGGAGUUUGGGGGUAACUUAAUUGUUGGGGGAAGUUUAUUAGGAGAGUCUUGUAAAAAGUCUGGAUAUGGCAAAACUGACAAAAGGAAUAAUGACUUGGGAGUGGAGGACAUCAUUUCUCGGGUACAAGGUGGAAGUUCUGUCUGGGGCAGUUUCUUGACACACAACAGCAGUGCCAUUGCAUACCGGUCCUGGGGGAGAUCAUUAAAGUAUAACCCUGUUGUUAUCGAUUUUGAGAUGCAGCCCAUCUAUCAGCUACUACGGCACACAAACCUAGGACCUCUGGAGACUAAACGUCAGAACCUGCGCAGGGCUUUGGACCAGUACCUGAUGGAAUUUAAUGCCUGUCGCUGUGGGCCCUGCUUCAACAAUGGGGAGCCCAUACUCGAGGGCACCAACUGCCGGUGUCAGUGUAGUAAGGGCAGGCAGGGUCCAGCCUGUGAGCGCAUGGUGCUGGAGGUGAUGGGAGGAGCCAAAGCUGAUGGCCGCUGGAGCUGCUGGAGUUCCUGGUCAGAGUGCAGAGGAGGUUCCCAGGAGAGGAGGAGACAGUGCAACAACCCAGCACCCCAGAAUGGGGGUGCCCCAUGCAUAGGGAAGAGCCUGCAGACCCAGGCCUGCUGAGUACCUCUGGAUACAGACUGGGAAGGAUGCGGCAGAUGAUGUUACCUGUCCUGGCUGCUGGUUAGGACUGAUUGCUGCUCUGUGUAAAUGCAAACCCACAAAGGCCAUUCUCUUAAUAUACUCAUAAUUUUUUUUCUAGUACCAACCUCAUAAUUCUUAGCCUCUACCAAUAACCUGGCUCCAAAGCUGCCUCCUUAUUCCAGGGGGUUGUUCCCCUUUUUCCUCUCAGAACCACUAUUCUAUUCUAUUCUAUUCUAUUCUAUUCUAUUCUAUUCUAUUCUAUUCUAUUCUAUUCUAUUCUAUUCAGGAUGCUUAACAAUAAACUGGCUGUGGUUUA